UCAUAAUCAUCAACAAUCAGCGAUUCAAUUCAAUUAUCAUUAUCCUUUUCGGAACUGUUUAUUUAAAACAUCUCGGAAAUUUUGUUUCUUUUUCUUGGAAUUGAUUUGAUCACGUUAUAUGUGUGUUAUUUGAUAUAUAAUGGUGUCUUAUGAAUAACUAGAUAUUCAAGUUCUUCAUCUUUGUCUUCAAGAAUUUUCCUUUUUUGUUUUGCAAAAAUGUCACAACAAGAAUUGAAAUCCUCGAUUUAUAAUUCAAUAAUUUUCCUUUCCAAACGAAAUAAACAUUUAUUUGAAUGGCUAAUUGGUUCAUUAAGUUUGAUGACAAUAUAUCAAUGGUCAGCAUCAAUAAUCCUAUCAAUAAUAGUUAUAAUUCUUUAUCUAAUCUAUUCAUUUGUUGGUGGUUAUCAUUAUGGUUAUAUUGUUUUAAUGACCAUUUAUCGUGAUGCAAUAAGUUUAUUUCGAUUUUUGCGAACACAAUUAUAUUUAUAUCGUAUACGACGAUCAAAUCAAUCGGUACCGAAAUUAUUUCAAUCAAUUUGUUCGAAACAUCCAAAUAAAACAUUAUUCUAUUAUCGUAAUGAAAAAUGGUCAUUCAAACGUGUGGAUAUAUUUUCCAAUAAAAUUGCCCAAUAUUUUCUGUCGAAAGGUUAUCGAAAAGGAGAUGAAAUAGCAUUGUUUAUGGAAAAUCGUCCAGAAUAUGUUGGUAUUUGGUUGGGGUUAGCUAAAGCAGGUUUAAUAUCUGCAUUGAUCAAUAAUAAUCAACGUAUGAAUCAAUUAAUACAUUCAUUAUUAGUUAUCGAGUGUAAAGCAUUCAUAUUUAGUUCGCAAUUAUUUCAAGCUGUUGAUGAUAUUCGUGAUGAAUUAAGCAAAAAAAAUCAACAAAUUGAAUUUUAUUGUUUCAAUGUUGAUGAUGGCGAUUCAAAUGAUGAUGAUCAAUCUAUUUCGACGACAGCAGAAAAUGGUGAAAAUAGAAAUACAUUUUAUAAAAAUUUAAAUAUCGAAAUGAAUAAAAUGUCAAGCGAACCACCGCAAUCAACAAUCGAUUCAGUUUCUUUUAAUGAUCGUUUACUUUAUAUUUAUACUUCCGGAACGGAAGGAUUACCAAAAGCAGCCAUAAUAAAGAAUAGUCGUUUUAUUUAUAUAAGUGCUGCAGCACGUUUUAUGAUUAAUAUUUAUUCAACAGAUAUUCUAUACAUUUGUUUACCAUUAUAUCAUCUUGCCGGUGGUAUAAUUGGUAUUUGUCAAGGUAUUGUUUUUGGUAAUACAAUCGCUAUUCGUAAUAAAUUUUCGGCAUCCAAUUUUUGGAAUGAUUGUAUUCGAUAUCAAUGUACAGUAGCACAAUAUAUUGGUGAAAUAUGUAGAUAUUUAUUAUCACAACCUGAAUCUGAAUCAGAUCGUCAACAUUCAGUACGUUUAAUGUUUGGUAAUGGUUUGCGACAAAAAAUUUGGAAACAAUUUAUAAAUCGUUUUAAUAUUAAACAAAUCGGUGAACUAUAUGGUUCAACCGAAGGAAAUGCUAAUAUUAUUAAUGUUGAUAAUAAGGAAGGUGCAUGUGGUUUUAUAUCACAAAUUGCGCCAUCAAUAUAUCCAGCAAGAUUGAUACGUAUCGAUGAAGAUACUGGUAAGCCAAUUCGUGACCGAAAUGGUCUUUGUGUUUGUGUUAAAGCUGGUGAAACAGGUGAAUUUGUUGGUAAAAUUACUGCCAAUCCAACCCGGGCAUUCGAUGGUUAUGCGAAUGAAGAAGCAACUAAAAAGAAAAUAAUUUAUAAUGUUUUUCGUAAAGGAGAUUGUGCAUUUGCUUCUGGUGAUCUGUUAACAAUGGAUAAAUUUGGUUAUAUUUAUUUUAAAGAUCGUUGUGGUGAUACAUUUCGUUGGAAAGGUGAAAAUAUAUCAACUACCGAAUUGGAAGCAAUUAUCAGUGAUACUCUACAAUUGGCUGAUUGUAUUGUUUAUGGAGUGGAAAUACCCGGCUGUGAAGGAAAAGCAGGAAUGGCUGCUAUUCUUGAUAAUGAUCAUCAAGUUGAUGUUGAUGAAUUAUUAAGAAAAUUACGUCAAAAAGUGCCCAUAUUUGCAAUACCUGUUUUUAUUCGUUUGGUUGAUCAAUUGGAAUUAACAUCAACACAUAAGUUACCUAAAGUUACUUAUCGUAAACAAGGAUUUGAUCCACAAUCAAUAAAAGAUCCAUUAUAUUUUUUUGAUUCAAAAAAUUUUCAAUACAUUCCAUUGGAUCAACAAUUAUAUCAACAAAUUAUUGAUAACACAAUUCGAAUCUAAAUCAAACCAAACAAACAAACAACAAAAUCCUGCCAAUCUGUGAUACGUUUGUGUCAAUCAAAGUGUGUUCGUGUGUUCCAUAUCCCAAUGUAAUUUUAACAUA